AUGCAUCAGCCUUCGAAGUCUCACUGGCAAGCAUUAAAGCGUUUACUUCGUUACUUGAAGGGCACCUUAUAUUUUGGACUUCAUCUCUCCAGGCGACCCUCUCACCAUCUCUAUGAUUUCCUUUAUGUGGAUUGGGGCGACAAUCGUGAUGACUUCAAGUCUACUACUGCCUAUAUGGCAACCUCAUUUCUUGGAGAUCCCACAAAGAACGCUAUGUUGCCCGUUCUUCCACCAUGGCCAAAUAUUAGGCUAUUUCAUCCACCAUUGCUGAAUUAG